AUGACUUGGCUUGGAAGUGACUUCUCGAAGUUUCCCGAGGAUGUUUCCCUAUUCAACAUACACUGUCCUGUGUCGCUUUCACUCCUAUCAUCUGACGAUGAACAACAUUUUCUUUCCAACUUGAGGAGGCAUGCACCAGCCCAGGCUGUGGUGAAGCAGCCUGUCCGGGGAGCCAGAGGCAGGACCACGAUCACAACGAUUGUCCAGACUGGCGGGGACUGGAGCACCAGCCUCUUCAGUGUCUGUAGAGAUAGGAGAAUAUGUUUCUGUGGUCUGUUUUGUCCCGUGUGUCUUGAGUGUGACAUCGCCAGGCAUUAUGGAGAGUGUUUUUGUUGGCCAUUGUUACCUGGGUCCACCUUUGCACUGAGAGUUGGCACCAGGGAGAGACAUAAAAUAUGGGGCACGCUGUGCGAGGACUGGCUGGCCGUGCACUGCUGUUGGCCUUUGUCCAUCUGUCAGCUGGCCCGGGAGCUCAAGAUGAGGACCUCCCAGUUCUACGAAAUCUCAGCAGCCCCUGCAGCGAUGGACACCUUCGUCUGA